AUGCUCUCUAGCACAGAAGUUCCGUUGACAACUACAAAUGCUAGUGAAGCUUCUACGGCUACAACGGAAGUCACCAUCACAUUCAGCUCUACUACUACUGAACCCGGGAGCCCGACACGUAGCACGAGCUACCCUAGCGUUGCAUUGAGCUCCAGUGCUAAAAGCCAAAGUUCUUCGAUCACAACGUCCGAGUCUUCAACUACAGCCUCUACCUCCACCACAACCCAGAAUACUGGAUCCACAAUUAGCCACACAACUCCUAUCACGUUUCCCGAGUGCAAAGCCCUUUUUGUUGCAGAUCUUACAGAUGUUGGCAGCGCAAACAUGAUCCUUCAAAAAACCACACUACUCGCUGCUAUGACAAAUCUAUUCGAUCAAGCAGCUGAAAAUCAGCUAGACAUGUCGAUCACAUUCUGGAGCGCUACAAAUUUACUGAAUCAAUGGCAAGUUGACGAUGCAUAUAUCGUGUUGUUUACAGGAAGCCCCCAAUCCCGAAUUAAUAUUGCUGGUAAUACCUACAAGCGUAAACUCUAUACCAUCGGAGUGGCCCCGGAUGGGCUCAACACUGCCCCGUUUGCUGUAAUUCCCUUGAAUAUGGAUUCGGACCAGAUCUCCAACGCUUUGAUGGCGCUUUGUCAUGAUCCACCUACCAAUCCGCCUACCACUAAAGUUCCGACGACGAGUGCCGAGACUCACCAGUUUUACUUCGGACUCGGCUGUAACUUCCUCCUCUUCCGGAAGCACAACUACGAGCUUCUCGCCAAGUUCGCGUGGUUCCACUAUUGGGUCUUCCACUUCGUGGGCAACGAGUACGCCGUCAACCUCGAAAAUUACGUCCGCGGAGAGCAGUACAAGUCCGGAAACAUCGACUGUGCCAAGUUCAACCAGCCC